GGCUAGAGCCUUUCCUAAUAGUCUCUCUUUAAUCAUCUCACUCACCAUCAUGUGUACUGGAAAGUGUUCUAAGUUUAUUGGGGUGUCCUUGUACCCCUUGAUCCUCAUCUGCAUCACUGCCAAUCUUAUGAUGUUUUUCCCGGACUGGAGUACAGAAUACAUUGUAAAUGCGGGGGAGCAGAUCACCCAAGAAGUGAGGAGUGUCGGUGGGAUUGUUGGUGGCGGUCUAUUGGUAAGAGCACAGCUUUUGUAAUGAGGACAGUGGUCAGCAAUGAUUUACCAUAUAUUUUUAGAGUCACAAAGCUCAAAAUAACUUACCAUAGGGGAAGAUUUUAUUUACUAUAAGAGACCAACAUAAUGCAUAUAUUUUAAUCACAUUAUUUCCGGCACACCAUAUCAUAUUUUCUACCUAAGGUGGAACCAGUCAUUUUAAAAUGAUCCAUCCAUCCAUCCGUUCGUCCAUUUGUCCCAUCUCUGGAACCAGCAAUGUACUGUAUAAUCAAAUAUUUCAGUCUGGAAAUAUAAAUCCUUAUUAUAAAUUGUUUUUAGACAUCCAUUUUGGAAUGAAGGAUUCAGUUAGUAUCUGCUAAUAUUACUUGUCUUCAUGCAUUAAACAUUCAAUCUGUUUCUAUGACAGGUCCUAAUUUCCGCAGUUCAUAUUCAGGCGACAGGACGAAAGGGCUGUUGUAACAACCGCUGUGGGGUAAGAAGCCACUCUAUGAAACAGUGUGUCCAACAGAGUUAUUACAGUAUGACCCAACGAUAAAGCAUGCAACCACGGGAAAGGGGGGUCUACAUCCUAUCAUUAAUAACUGUUAUUGGGAUUUGUGUCUAUUUAUGAGAUCAGUUAUAUGGUCACACGGAACUAGCAAUGUCUUUAAAGAAAGAUUUACAUUAGAACAUCCGUAUUUAUUGGGUGAUGUCUACAAAUUACAGGGUCCAUAGUCUCCAUAAUACGUAGCAAUAUAGUCUGUUAAUUAAGUCCAUGGAUCAGAUCUAUGAUACUUGUCGAUCUGUUACAAGGUCCAGACCUUCCAGGCACAGGAUCGACUUCUUAAAUGAAAAAAUGGUACUCUGAAUAUUUCUUGUUUUUCAGACUCUGGUGACACCAAAUUUUUCCCUCAGUACUUCCGAUCACCAGACGGGCUUGAAUUGUCCCCCUUUGUUGGGAGAGCUGAUAUAAAGUGUACCACAUGCACCUGUUUAAUCACGCUCAUAGAGCACUUAGUGAGUUAUAUUUUAAGCCCUUACACAAGUGCUAAAGCUUUAACGCUCAAUGUAUAGACACGCUGUCAUUUUGGAGAGUGUGUGCUUUGCCCAUGAUGUUGAUUCCAUCAUGAAGACAUCUACUCACUGACCACGUCCCACCCAAUCAAUGUCAGACCUGCCAAAGUUACCAGAUGUGCAGAAUCCCAAGUAACUUGUCAAAACUCAAGGUUACAGGUUCAGCUCCCAGCAAGAUCAACUCAGUCUUUAUUUACCGUUCCACAGUAAAUAAAAUGAGUACCACUGGGUACAAGUAACACCUAUAUCCUGGGAGGUACACUUAAAUAAAAACAAAAAUCUAACAUAAGCUUGAUGUUACUAGCUAAUUAAAUAAAAUCAUUAUUUAUUUUAACUUUAGAUGUUCCUGUCCAUUGCAUUUUCGAUUAUUGGACUUGGUGGAGCAUUAUUUGGCUUUCUUAUGUCCCUCAUUGGGCUGCUGCGAGGACCGGUCUGUCAGUUUAAUCCAACUUUUUCUAAUGAUGACAAUAUAAUCAAACCGACUAAUGGGUCACUUGUCUGGGGUCGUCCCUUUGAUGGGGAGCUGGAAGAACUGAGGUACACACAACAGACAGAAUACCCUUUGCAACGCAGUGGCUUGCAGUCUUAUUAUAACUUGUUUUAUGAUUAUGUAAUACAUUAUUUCUAACUUUCAAUAUUGGGAGUCCAAAAAAAGGAGUCAAAGGCAAGGGUUUUUUUUUUCAAUAGAAGUAGAAUAUUUAUUGAAAAGUCCACCGCUAUGAGGUCCAUUUCAAUUGAUUUAACAAGCUAAAACUUUGCUUAAGUAUAUUUUUAAUUAAUUGAAAACAUAAUAUAAACAUCAAAAAUGUUCUAAUGAUAGACAUCAUUCCAAGAUAAAUGGACAUCUUCAUAUCAAACCAGAUAAUGAACUAUUACAAUCUGACAUCUACACACAGGUAGGGACCUAAAUGUGGGAACCGGACAAUAACGAACAUAAAAAAACAUGAACAUCAUUAUUUUUGUAUAGAAUAUAGAAUUUAGCAUUUUAUUUCCACAGUUUAAUAUGUUGUGGUUUGAAGGGGGGAAAAAAGUGAGGGUCGGAUAGCCCAAGAGAUAUACUGGCUUGUUGGCCAAGCAACACAACAGGGAUUCCAUGUAACAUGUGAGGAUUUUGUCUGAUGUUUGCAAUCUCUACAUGAAUACCAACAUGUAUUAAGAUAUUCAGCCAGGGCCACAUUUACAGCUCAGGCAACUGUAGACACAAAAUUGUCAGGGGUGUUUCCAGUUGUUCGUGCAUGUGCAUUUUGUGUAGUGUGUAAAUACCUGUGUUUCUUUGAAUGCACAGUGGGAAUGUAAGCUAAUUUCUAUAUGUAGAAAGAUGGGAAUAUAUAGCAUAUGAAUGUAUGUCUGCAGGGUGUCAAUAUAUGUGUAAAUCCAUGAGGUGUGCGGAUUUAUGAAUGUAGUGUGUCUGUGAAUGAAUUGUCACUUAUGUGAAUAGAUGUGGUUUCAUGUUUUGUGUCUCUUACGCCUCCCACCCCAUAUACCUACAAGUUGUGCUUUCACUUACAUCCUUUGGCAUACCAUACAAGGUAGCCUUCCCCUCCCAACUCCAUCUACACAUACUAUGAGUUGAACAUCUCUCAUCAACCCAUUUAUAUACAAUACGUGAUGUAUAUUGCCCCAACAUAGAAAAAUGUAAUGCGCUUAACUAAUGGAAGUAAAAUUAUAAAUAGAAAUUUACCAAGAAAGGUUAAAGGAUCUUAACAUGUAUAGCUUGGAGGAAAGACGAGACGGGGGGAUAUGAUAGGAACAUUUAAAUACAUAAAGGGAAUCAACACAGUAAAGGAGGAGACUAUAUUUAAAAGAAGAAAAACUACCACCACAAUGGGACAUAGUCUUAAAUUAGAGGGACAAAGGUUUAAAAAUAAUAUCAGAAAGUAUUACUUUACUAAGAGGGUAGUGGAUGCAUGGAGCUUAAGCAUGCGUGGGAUAGGCAUAACAUUUAGAACAUUGGGCAGGCUAGAUGAGCCAAAUGGUUCUGAUCUGCCAUCACAUUCUAUGUUUUUAUGUUUUUCUAUGUUAUAUAGCUACAGUUGCAAGAAAACGUAUGUGAACCCUUUGGAAUGAUAUGGAUUUCUGCACAAAUUGGUCAUAAAAUGUGAUCUGAUCAUCAUCUAAGUCACAACAAUAGACAAUUACAGUCUGCUUAAACUAAUAACACACAAAGAAUGAAAUGUUGCCAUGUUUUUAUUGAACACACCAUGUAAACAUUCACAGUGCAGGUGGAAAAAGUAUGUGAACCCUUGGAUUUAAUAACUGGUUGAACCUCCUUUGGCAGCAAUAACUUCAACCAAACGUUUCCUGUAGUUGCAGAUCAGACGUGCACAAUGGUCAGGAGUAAUUCUUGACCAUUCCUCUUUACAGAACUGUUUCAGUUCAGCAAUAUUCUUGGGAUGUCUGGUGUGAAUCGCUUUCUUGAGGUCAUGCCACAGCAUCUCAAUCGGGUUGAGGUCAGGACUCUGACUGGGCCACUUCAGAAGGCGUAUUUUCUUCUGUUUAAGCCAUUCUGUUGUUGAUUUACUUCUAUGCUUUGGGUCAUUGUCCUGUUGCAACACCCAUCUUCUGUUGAGCUUCAGCUGGUAGACAGAUGGCCUUAAAUUCUCCUGCAAAAUGUCUUGAUAAACUUGGGAAUUCAUUUUUCCUUCGAUGAUAGCAAUCCAUCCAGGCCCUGAUGCAGCAAAGCAGCCCCAAACCAUGAUGCCCCCACCACCAUACUUCACAGUUGGGAUGAGGUUUUGAUGUUGGUGUGCUGUGCCUUUUUUUCGCCACACAUAGUGUUGUGUGUUUCUUCCAAACAACUCAACACAGAAUAUUUUGCCAGUACUGCUGUGGAACAUCCAGGUGCUCUUGUGCAAACUGUAAACGUGCAGCAAUGUUUUGUUUGGACAGCAGUGGCUUCCUCCCAUGAAAUCCAUUCUUGUUUAGUGUUUUACGUAUUGUAGAUUCGCUAACAGGGAUGUCAGCACUUGCCAGUGACUUUUGUAAGUCUUUAGCUGACACUCUAGGAUUCUUCUUCACCUCAUUGAGCAGUCUGCGCUGUGCUCUUGCAGUCAUCUUUACAGGACGGCCACUCCUAGGGAGAGUAGCAGCAGUGCUGAACUUUCUCCAUUUAUAGACAAUUUGUCUUACCCUGGACUGAUGAACAGCAAGGCUUUUGGAGAUACUUUUAUAACCCUUUCCAGCUUUAUGCAAGUCAACAAUUCUUAAUCGUAGGUCUUCUGAGAGCUCUUUUGUGCGAGGCAUCAUUCACAUCAGGCAAUGCUUCUUGUGAAAAGCAAACCCAGAACUGGUGUGUGUUUUUUUUAUAGGGCAGGGCAGCUGUAACCAACACCUCCAAUCUCAUCUCAUUGAUUGGACUCCAGCUGGCUGACAUCUCACUCCAAUUAGCUCUUGGAGAUGUCAUUAGUCUAGGGGUUCACAUACUUUUUCCACCUGCACUGUGAAUGUUUACAUGGUGUGUUCAAUAAAAACAUGGCAACAUUUCAUUCUUUGUGUGUUAUUAGUUUAAGCAGACUGUGAUUGUCUAUUGUUGUGAGACCAAACCAACUUCUUCUCUUUUUUUGCAUUUACUUUUGAUUGAUUGUUAUUUUUUUAUUAUUUUUUCUUUUUUUCUUUUUCUGACUCUCAUCAUUUUUUCAUUACAUGCAAUUGGACUGUUUAUUUUGACAUACAGUUAUAUAUUUUUUUUCCCUAUAUUUUUUCUUUAGUUUUUUUACUGUGUUCACAGUUUUUUUCAUUCAUACAAAACUACUUAGUGGUGGAUCCACCUGAAAACAUCUAUGAACUUGAACUCCAUAUGUACACAGAUUGUAAAUAAUUGUAUAUAUAUUGGGAUGUAUAUACGAUGAAAUUGUUUAAAUUGAUGAAUUUAUAAGGAAAUCAUUUCUCAUUACUCACUCAUGAAUUUAUAAAUAGUUUUUGUAUAAUAAAUUAAUUUUCUUGGCAUAUAUAUAUUAAUUGAUUCUUACUUUUUUUGAGUGCGGUAUUGUAUUUAUGGAUAUAUUGUUGUGACUUAGAUGAUGAUCAGAUCACAUUUUAUGACCAAUUUGUGCAGAAAUCCAUAUCAUUCCAAAGGGUUCACAUACUUUUUCUUGCAACUGUAUUUAUUAAUAAAAAUUCAGAAUAAAUAAAGCACAUAUAUUGAUAGAGGCAAACAGACAGAAGGAUGGGACUGCGCCAGUAGGCAAGGUAAAUAAAUUAAAGUCCUUAUUGAUAUAAUAAUAAUGAGACGGAGUCCAGUAUAAUGGCACUUAGAUCCUAGGUUGGUCUCUGGAGUUGUAGAGUUCCGCUCCUUACAGGUAUAUGGAGGAGGGCGAUGAGUGAUGAAAAUAAUAGUGGUACAGGGUGAUCCAAGAGGUAUCCAACUAAAAUUUAAGAGAUUAUACUCACUGUUUGUAGAGCUUAACACGUGAGGGAGUCCUUGUUUGGGAUUGCUGCCUUGUGUAUUUCUUUUUGAUAUAUUAGCGCUGACUCUAUUUUCAGUUUUUUCAUAUAUAUUGAUAGAAAUUGACUCAAUCAACAAAGUUCAGUUGACAAUAGCUAGGGAGCAAUUGCCCUAAUCCCAUUGUAGGUGGAAACAAAGUGACCAGAGGUAUCAAGAAAGCUAUGGUCUCCUCGAAUAGAUGGAGAGGGUUGAUGUGCAGUAAUGGUGAGAGACGCAAUGCUGUGCAGUGAACGAUAUAGGUAGCAUGAUAAUGGACUUCUACACAACUGCACCGGUGGUCUUCGGAAGUCCCACAUGGACAUAAUGUCACAUGCUAUAUGUCUCAUACGCUUUGUCUGUAUAGACUUUGUUAAUGACCAGCAUCUGAACAAAAACAAUCAUUUUUAAAGAUGUUGCUAUUUAUAUAUACUUUUAUAGUUGGUCAUUAGCCUGGUUUUCUUUUUCUAAAUUAGAGGUCUGAGUAUUCCAAGGUAACUCUAUUUACACACAAUACUAGAUGGAUAGACCACAACCUCAUUUACAUAUAAAUGAUAUAAAAUUUAAAAAAUAUAUAUAUGCUAGUUUUUGUGAUCCCUUUACCGUUACCAUUAUUUUUCCAUUAUCUCCCAGCGAUGACAAUUACUUGUUUCAUCCCGAUACCUGGAACAUCUGUUUGGCACCCCGAAAUGUGGUGAUGUUCAAUGUCAUUCUCUUCUCUACUAUCUUGGUGGCAACUGGAAUUGAAAUUAUUCUGUGCGCUGUUCAGGUGUUAAAUGGUCUGUUUGGCUGCAUCUGUGGGACAUGUCGUAAGGAAAAAAAUGAAAAGGGGGACAAGGGAGAGUAAGUAUACCUUUACAAUGCUAAAUAAAUACAUCUAGGCCUUAUACUCACUUUUUCUAGAAGAGGACAGACUAGAUAAAUAGGUUGAUCAAUCGGUAUUUAGGUUGGUCAGUCGGUAGAUAUACAGACAGACAGACUAGAUGGGUUUAUAUUAUUUAAAGAAGACUCUUGGCUUCCAUACAUGUUAGGUGCAGUAUAUAGGCUAUGUUACAGUUAGCUAUUCUGGGUGGGUUUAUAUUUUUCAAAAGACAAUCAAUGCUCCAAUAUGCAUAUAGUGCAAUGUGUGGAUUAGGUGUGCCACCGUAGGUGUUACGUGCACUUUGUUAGGUUUGUUGUACUGGGUGUGUUUUGCUCUCUAAGCAUCACAUUCUCACAAUAUGAUUAUUAGUGCUGUGUAGUAAUGUCUGGGUGGUAGGGGUGACACUUACCUCUUCGCCCCUCUUUCUGUCUGGUAGGCAUAUCUCAGGUUUAAUGUUCCUCUGACCAUUAGAACUUAUGCUAUCUUAUUUUGUGAAAAUCCCACGUAUAAUGUGUUAUAAUAUUAUGUUUUUAAAAACAAAAAGUGCUUUACAGUUAAUGGGUUAACAGUGAAUGGGUUAACAGUACAUGGGUUAACAGUAAAUGGGUUAACAGUUAAUGGGUUAACAGUAAAUAAGCGUUAAUAAGUUAAUAUGACAACUUUUUAUAAACUGUUAGGUUUUUAAUAAACAUAAAUCCCAUGUAUUUAUAGGAUUCACUAAUUGUAUUUCUUUAUUUUUUCAGGUUAAUAGAAUAGCCUCGAUUAUCUUAAAUCCUCUCCCCAAACUCGAAGACCAGUUCCUUUAAACGUGCAAUGUGAUUUUCUGGGAUUUGUAUUUUACUUCUCCGUUUUCCUGAUGAGAAGAUGGGAGAAAUUGUUGAGCAGUUGGAUGUUUCUUAGACCCUGUGAAAUCAACAAUUAACCAUUUUCCUCUUCUACGAGAUAAAACACUAUUGUUUACACUGAUUUUAAUUUAUAAUUUGUAUUAAUACUGUUUAUGUAAAUAAACAGAACUGUAGGUGUUUUUUUAAGCGUGCUUCGAUUCUUGCUUAGACUUUAUUUACUAUAACCAUAUUAUCGGCUUUGUUUUUAUUCCAGCGCAGAGCGCAGUUUAAUACACAAUUGUAGCUGUAUUAGAAAGGGUGAGUAUAGCUCAGCAUCAUGGGUUUAGUAGCCUCGAUGGCAGGAAAAGGUUUCUGAACUCCUUCGAAUUGUCACACAUCUCACACCUACAGUGUAAUCAGAUGAUAAAGAUCAAGAUAACCAUAAUAAACUCAAUAAUCGCAUUAAAAAAGAGGCAAACAAACAUAAUGCUUUGUCAGUGUUUAUUUAUACACAGCUGAUUUUAAAUGUCCAUCAUCUAUAUUGAUAUUGACUAAAUUUGGUCCAUUCCUACUUAGCUGUUUCAGAUUGGUGAUUUUUAAACCUUCCUUGCAUGGAACCUUUACGUCUUAACAGAGC